AUGCCAACUCAUGCCAACCACCAGGACACUUUGAUCGAUGACGAAUGGGAAGACGUCCCAGACAAAGCACCUUCUUCUCGCCAGUCCUCUUUGCCGCCCACAUUCGCUCGCCAGAGACGAAGGAACGCUGGUGUAAAGACAGUCUACAUCACAUCUCAGACUACCCGCAAGUCAGCAAAAUCCAGAGCUCGCUCCCAACCUCUCAAUACGCCAUUGGUCGACCGAGAGGAACUAGGCAAAGCCACUCGGAUAGCUGCUGCGUCCACAGUGCGCUACAUGGGGGACAUCCUCAACACCGCUUUCGGUCUACUUCGCAAGCCCCUGGGUGUCCUACUUUUUCUAUGGAUCCUCGGGGUGCUCUUCGUCCAGCUCUCGCACACAUUCCGCACAGUCUUCUCGCCAGUCUGCUACAUUCCUGGCAUCUCGCGUUCAUCGUUCUGUCAAACAUCGUAUGGCAGCAAUGCAGUGAAGCAGGCCGACUAUACUCGGCUCGCCGACAUCGAGGCAUCCAACCUCGGACAUUUGAUGUCGGAAUCGGUUGAUGCAUCCGGAUUGAGUAUCGAUAUCAAGAGAGCCCAGAUGGCCACAAGCGAUCUCAUUCUGCUUGUGCGCGCGAGCAACAUGUCGAGCAGGGAUGCGCUUGCCGAUGCACUCAAAGACUUCGUCGGUGACGCGAAGAAGGCUAGCCGGGGCCUGCAAAGUCUAGGUGCUAAGAUUAGUGGCGCCGUGGACAGUAUCGUUGCUGUGAACGACCACGCGAUGCGCGCCAUCGAGGCGUCCCAAGCAGAGCCGUCGGGACUUAUACAGGUUUGGCCAUUCGCCACCAGUAAAGAGCAGCGCGCGCAAGAAGUGGCCCUCGCAACCUUCAGUACUGCCAUGGACAUGCUUGCGUCCACUGUGGAGCGCAUCGUACUCGAGGCGGAGUUAGAGCUUGCACACCUCGAACGCCUCGAGGAACAUCUGGUCACCAUACAAGAGAUUGUAUCACGCGAGGAUGCGUCAAUCUCAUCCAAAGAGGAGGAGUUGCUCGCAAGCCUCUGGACAAGGUUCGGUUGGAACAAAAAACAGCUACGCACAUACGAGCGGCACCUCGCGCUCUUGCAAAACGUGUCUGCUUACCGCAGCCGCGCGCUUGCGCACGUUACGGCCGCACUGCACACGCUAGGGACAUUGAGCGCGGAUAUGGAGGAGUUGCGCGAUCGUGCUGCGGCGCCAGAGAUUAUAGGCGACCGCAUUCCUGCCGCGGUUCACAUGGAAAGUAUCCGCGGCGGGAUUGAGCGACUGAAGGAGGGCCGCCAGAAGGCGAAGGAGCGGGAGGAGCUGGUUAUGAGGAACAUCCUGGGUAUUAACGGUGUGGACAAGGAUUAG